AUGGUAGAGAGACAGUCAGCCUCCAUGUCUUCUGACUCAGAGGUAAUUCUCUGUCUUCUUCCAUCAGUCUUAGCUCUGUUCCUCUUCCUCAUUCUCAUCAGAAGGAAGCAGCAGCAAACACGACUUCAUCUCCCACCAGGCAACAUGGGGUGGCCUUUUCUUGGUGAAACACUAGGCUAUUUGAAGCCUUACUCUGCUACCUCCACAGGCCAGUUCAUGGAGCAACAUAUCUCAAGGUAUGGAAAAAUCUACAAGUCCAAUCUGUUUGGUGAGCCAACCAUAGUCUCAGCAGAUGCAGGGCUCAACAGGUUCAUAUUGCAAAAUGAAGGGAGAUUGUUUGAAUGCAGCUACCCAAGAAGCAUAGGUGGAAUUCUUGGGAAAUGGUCUAUGUUGGUUUUAGUUGGUGACAUGCAUAGAGACAUGAGGAUGAUAUCUCUCAAUUUCUUAAGCCAUGCCAGGCUCAGAACCCAUUUGAUGAGAGAAGUUGAAAAACACACUCUGCUUGUUUUGAGCAGCUGGAAAGAGAAUUCUGUUUUUUCAGCUCAAGAUGAAGCUAAGAAGUUCACAUUCAAUUUGAUGGCCAAACAUAUCAUGAGCUUAGAUCCUGGAAAACCAGAGACUGAGCAGCUGAAGAAAUUGUAUGUUACUUUCAUGAAAGGUGUGGUUUCUGCUCCAGUCAAUUUACCAGGAACAGCUUACCGAAAAGCCUUGCAGUCAAGAUCAACCAUUCUGAAGUUUAUAGAGAGCAAAAUGGAAGAAAGAUUAAAGGAGGGAGCAGAAAAUAUAGAUGAAGAUGAUCUUCUUGGAUGGGUUUUGAAGCAUUCCAAUCUCUCCAAAGAGCAGAUUCUUGACUUGAUAUUGAGCUUGCUCUUUGCUGGCCAUGAAACAUCCUCAGUGGCCAUAGCUUUAGCCAUAUACUUCUUACCAGGCUGUCCUAAUGCAAUUCAACAGUUAAGGGAAGAACACACAGAAAUUGCCAGAGCCAAGAAACAAGCAGGGGAGACAGAGUUGAAUUGGGAUGACUACAAGAAAAUGGAGUUCACUCAAUGUGUUAUCAGUGAGACACUUCGGCUUGGAAAUGUAGUGAGGUUUUUACACAGAAAGGCUUUGAAGGAUGUUAGGUACAAAGGUUAUGACAUUCCAUGUGGAUGGAAAGUGCUUCCGGUCAUUGCAGCCGUGCAUUUGGAUCCUUUACUUUUUGACCAGCCUCAACACUUCAAUCCAUGGAGAUGGCAGCAGAAUAACAACAGUGGAGCAUCUUCAUCAUCUUACACGAGCAUGACAAGCAGCAACUUUAUGCCAUUUGGGGGAGGACCACGACUUUGCGCUGGCUCAGAACUGGCCAAACUUGAAAUGGCGGUUUUCAUCCACCAUCUGGUCCUCAACUUCCACUGGGACUUAGAAGACGAUUUGGAUCAACCUUUUGCCUUCCCUUUUGUCGAUUUUCAAAAUGGCCUACCAAUCACAGCCCGGAGGCACCAAAACCAAUCUCAUAUAUAA